CGUUGUCGCUGGUGACGGGGACGCGGCGGGGUCGGAGCGCGCCGGGAGCGGCCGCGGAGCGAGGAGGGGCCGGGGGGGGCUCGGGGUCGGUCACGGGGGGGCCAUGGGAGCCCGAACCGGGGCCGGGACCGGCGGCGGCGAGCGGUAGAGCCGCCGGGGAUCAUGGCGGAGAGGCUGGAAUGGGUGGAAAUCAUCGAGCCCCGCACCCGGGAGCGCAUGUACGCCAACCUGAUCACGGGCGAGUGCGUGUGGGACCCGCCGGCCGGCGUGCGCAUCAAGCGCACCAAUGAGAACCAGUGGUGGGAGCUCUUCGACCCCAACACCUCGCGCUUCUACUACUACAAUGCCACCACGCAGAGGACGGUGUGGCACCGGCCCCAGAACUGCGACAUCAUCCCGCUGGCCAAGCUGCAGACGCUGAAGCAGAACACGGAGUCGCCGCGGGCGUCCACGGAGAACAGCCCCGGGCGGAGCAGCAAUGUCAGCCGGGAGGGCAGCACCAGCUCGUCCCUGGAGCAGGAGCUGGAGGGCAGCGAGAAGGGGCAGGAGCAGCGGCCGGGCCGCCAGCCCGGCCAGUACUCGGUGGUGAAGGAGGAAACGGAAAGCCCGUCGCCCUCGGGAAUGUUCGAGAAGGAAUACGACAUUUACCGGGAUUACGGCACGGAAGGGCAGCUCCUGCACUACAGGACCUCAUCGCUCCGAUGGAACGCCGGCACCAAGGAGCGGAUGCUGAUCAAGGUGACGGACCGCGAGCCCAGCUUCCUCCUCCACCAAGGCAACGGCUACGCCGCCGAGAACCAGCCCGGCUCCCGCUCCCGCCGGCCCUCGGGCGGCCAGCAGUCCCCCAACCUCCAGACCUUCUCCUCGGACGCCGACAGCUCCGUCUUCUUCCCCGAGAGGAAGCCGUCGCCCUUCCUGAAGCGCGCCGAGCACGCCGGCAGCUGCUCGCCGCUGCUGGGCCGCGGCGGCGACUCCUUCUGCCACCGCAAGGCCUCGAGCGAGUCGCAGCCGUCGUCGCCGCGCUACGCCUACGAGCCGCCGCUCUACGAGGAGCCGCCCAUGGAGUACCAGGCGCCCAUCUACGACGAGCCGCCCGUGGACAUGCAGUACGAGGCCAGCGGCGGCGGCGGCUACAAGGCCGGCUCGCCGCAGAAGUCGCCCAUCCGCAAGCCGCACGCCUUCCUGCAGUCGCCCAAGCAAGGCGCCAACUCGCCCUACCAGCAGCUGGUGCUCACCAAGCAGAAGUGCCCCGAGCGCUUCAUGAGCCUGGAGUACAGCCCGGCCGGCAAGGAGUACGUGCGGCAGCUGGUCUACGUGGAGCAGUCGGGCUCCAGCCCCAAGAUGAAGACGGGCUUGCGGCACAAAUACUCCCCCAACCCCAUCGGCGGCUCCUACUCGCUGCAGCACAGCCCCUGCCUGGUGCGCGACCAACGCCUCGACGUCAAAUCCGGCGACUACAGCAGCAUGGAGGGCGCCGACUUCUGCGCCGGCCCCGCGGGCGCCCCGGCGGCCGGCCAGGCCGAGGACUCCAUGUCGUGGUCCAGCCAGCAGGACACCUUGUCCUCCAGCGGUUACUCGCCCUCCACCAGGAAGAGGAAAAGCCGCAAGCCCUCGGCCAACCACGACGCCAACGCCUCCUCCACGGACGGCUCCGCCGAGCGGGAGGCGCCGGGAGAGCCGGGCGAGGAGCGGGCGGCGCCCACGCGGUCGCCGAUGAACCGGACGGAGAGCAAGGCGGCCGAGGCGGAGGCGGCGGCGGCGGCAUCGCGGGCGUUCCCGGAGCCGUUCCUGGCGCAGGCGCGGCUGGCGUGGGAGGCGCAGCAGGCUCACUACCACAUGAAGCAGAGGAGCAGCUGGGAUUCGCAGAAGGACGGCUCGGGCUACGAGAGCGACGGCGCGCUGCCGCUGCCCAUGCCGGGCCCCGUGGUCAGGGCCUUCAGCGAGGACGAGGCGUUGGCGCAGCAGGAGAACAAGCACUGGAAGAGGAACACCUUCGAGAAGCUGGGCUUCCCGCAGAUCCUGCUGGAGAAGAGCGUCUCGGUGCAGACCAACCUGGCGUCGCCCGAGCCGUACCUGCAUCCGUCUCAGUCGGAGGACCUGGGCGCGUGCGCGCCGUUCGAGGGCGGCCGGCCGGCGCGCGCCAUGAUGCCGAGCGCCAGCUGCGUCUUCCCCACGUUCACGCUGCGCAAGCCGUCCUCGGAGACGGACAUUGAGAACUGGGCCUCCAAGCACUUCAACAAGCACACGCAGGGCCUCUUCCGCCGCAAGGUCUCCAUCGCCAACAUGCUGGCCUGGAGCAGCGAGUCCAUCAAGAAGCCCAUGAUCAUGACCAACGACCGCAACGUCAAGAAGGAGGCGUGCGAGAUCUUCAAGCUCAUCCAGAUGUACAUGGGCGACCGGCGCGCCAAGACGGACCAGCUCAGCGUGGCCUUGGAGGUGGCCACCAAGGGGUGGAGCGUGCAGGGCCUGCGGGACGAGCUCUACAUCCAGCUGUGCCGGCAGACCACCGAGAACUUCCGCUACGAGAGCCUGGCGCGCGGCUGGGAGCUCAUGGCCAUCUGCCUGGCCUUCUUCCCGCCCACGCCCAAGUUCCACUCCUACCUGGAGGGCUACAUCUACCGGCACAUGGACCCGGUCAACGACACCAAAGUCUCGCGGCACCUUCGGCUCCUCCUGGCCAGGACCAAUCAGAAGAAACCCAAAUUGCGCAAGAAACCCAAGGCCCAGAGCCCGGAGAGCCCGGGGGUGGCCAUCAGCACCUACGCCAAGUACUGCUACAACAAACUGCAGAAGGCGGCGCUGACCGGGGCCAAGAAGGGCCUGAAGAAGCCGAACCUGGAGGAGAUCCGGCACGCCAAGAACGCCAUCUUCAGCCCGUCCAUGUUCGGCAGCUCGCUGCAGGAGAUCGUGGCCAUGCAGAAGGAGCGCUACCCCGACCGGCAGCUGCCCUGGGUGCAGACCCGGCUCUCCGAGGAGGUCCUGGCCCUCAACGGCGACCAGACCGAGGGCAUCUUCAGGGUCCCCGGUGACAUCGACGAGGUCAACGCCCUCAAGCUCCAGGUGGACCAGUGGAAGAUCCCCACCGGCCUGGAGGACCCGCACGUUCCCGCGUCGCUGCUGAAGCUGUGGUACCGCGAGCUGGAGGAGCCGCUGAUCCCGCACGAGUUCUACGAGCGCUGCAUCUCCCACUACGAGAGCCCCGAGGCCGCCGUGGCCGUGGUGCAGGCGCUGCCCCGCAUCAACAGGAUGGUGCUCUGCUACCUCAUCCGCUUCCUCCAGGUGUUCGUGCAGCCGGCCAACGUGGCGGUGACCAAGAUGGACGUGAACAACCUGGCCAUGGUGAUGGCGCCCAACUGCCUGCGCUGCCGCUCGGACGACCCGCGCGUCAUCUUCGAGAACACGCGCAAGGAGAUGUCCUUCAUCCGGGUCCUCAUCCAGCACCUGGACACCAGCUUCAUGGAGGGCGUCCUAUAGCGGCCACCCCACCCCACCCCAGCC